AUGGAAAGCAGCGCAGCUGGCGUUGUGAGGAGCGAGGAAUCGCGGGAAGGACCCCUUUCCGGCGGAGUGGCGGAGCGCGGAGGUGCUGGACGAUCGCGCGGCGAGGAGGUUGAGGGCGGGGGAGCUGGGGAGCGACGCCCUGGGGUGGCGGCGAGGCCAGGAAGCGCGGCGGCGGCGCCGCUGUCGGGGCAGAAGAGGAGGCGGGAGGCGGAGGACGGCGGGAGCGGGAGCGGGAGGGAGAGCGGCGGCGACAACUCGUCGCAGCUGGCGGCGCCGCGGCGCCACCCCGCGAAGGGGCCGCCGCCGGUGCCGCGCGUGGUGUUGCGGCCGGUGCCGCCUCUCCAGGGGCUCGUGAACGCCUGCCGCACCGUGUUCACCGGCUCCAGCUUGCCACCGAUGGCCCCCGUCGUCCACUUCAUCCGCAGCAUAAUGAAUCUGAUCGGGCCGUACGACGUCGGGCUCAGGGACGAUAUCGCAGUGUUCUUCCUGCCCUUCGGAACGGUCAUGCCGCUCCACGACCACCCCGGCAUGACGGUGUUCAGCAAGCUCCUCAUCGGGUCGGCGCACGUCGAGGGCUACGACUGGGUCCGCCCCCGCGUCUCCGGCGGGGGGUCCAGGAUGCUCGCGGAGAAGGUGCUGGACCGCGACGUCACGCCGGCGUCCGGCACCUGGGCGCUGUUCCCGGAGGCCGGCGGGAACAUGCACCGGUUCGUGGCCGGCGAGGAGACCCACUGCGCGUUCCUCGACGUCCUCGCGCCGCCCUACGCCCCGGCGGAGCAGCGGCGCUGCACGUACUACAAGGACACCCCCUACGAGCCAUGCCGCUGUAAGCACUGCUGCUCCCUAGCUCGCCUCACAAACAGGAUCGGAGCUCGAUGUGAUCAUUCUCAUACGACGCAGAGGCACGGGCGGCCGCUGGCAUGGCUGGAGGAGGAGGUCGACGAGCCUAGGGACUUGCGGAUUGUUAGUUUGCCGUACCGAGGCCCGAAAAUCUAUUAGCAUCCCCUGCGGCAGAUUGCUGGCUUGGAUUAAAUCUUAUUUGGGUGAUGCAGAUCACGAUCCAAACUGUGCCGGAUAAGAAAUUAGCAU